UGUACGCUGUGAAAAGACGCACUCGGUGAAGCUCACUAUUUUUGAGGAUUUUGGGGCUCCCACGCCCUUCAUCAGCCACCAGCAUGUCGUCACCCAGUGCAGGAAAGCGCCGAAUGGACACUGAUGUCAUCAAACUUAUUGAGAAGAAGCAUGAGGUAACCAUGCUGAAUGGCCUUAACGAAUUCUGUGUCAAGUUCUAUGGUCCAAAAGGCACUCCAUACGAAGGGGGUGUCUGGAAAGUCCGUGUCCACCUUCCUGAACACUACCCUUUUAAAUCUCCAAGCAUUGGCUUCAUGAAUAAAGUUUACCAUCCAAACAUAGAUGAAGUAUCAGGCACUGUUUGCCUGGAUGUCAUAAACCAGGCUUGGACGGCUCUGUAUGGUAAGCUAGGUCAUGAAGUUAUGUAAAGCCCUCCCAUAAAAUUAGGUUUGUUGAAUGAGUUUAUUUUAUUUGUUGUUCUAUUUACUGUUUAUGUGCAGAGUUGUGUCAUAGAUUUGAAGUCACCCCCAUCCUUGAUUAGACUAUUAUUUAUGGGAAAAUUAUUUCAAUAAAGAUAAUUUGUUUGAAAUGAAAAUGAACAAGUACUAAUGAGAAUUUGCAGAUGUUUGUAGAGAAAUGUGAAAUAAUGGAUUGUUAAGGAAAUUAAAAUGUUCAUGCAUGCAAGAGAGUGAGUGAAACCAAUUAGAUAUUUGAAUGAUUAUUGGCACUUGAAGUGAAGCAGUAAUUAAUUUUAGGAGUGUAUGAUAUUAGGGCAUACUUUUGAGUGUGUCAUGAGUAGAGAAGGGAAUGGGGAGUAGAAAGCAGGAAGAAGAAAAGGAAGAGAGGGGAAUCAAAGAAGGAGAAGAAGAAGGAGAAGGAGAAGAAGGAGAAGGAGAAGGAGAAGGAGGAGGUUCUUGAACAUUUUGUUCAGAAUUUAGCAAUCUAAAAAAAAUUGGAUGAGAAGGUAAUGAUUAAGGCUCCAAAGGGGAGAACAAGAAUGAAAUAGAAGCAAGGAAAUUCAUUUUUACAGAAAAUGUCAUUUUUGGAAUUACAAAUGAGGAGUUGUUGCAGUUUCAAUUUUAGGAGUGACAAUAAUGUUGAGGAAAUUGCAAAGGCAAAGAUAUGUGUAUUUUUAGAGAGAAAUGUCUAAAGGAUCCUUUCAUGCUUAAGCACAAUUGUUCAUGGAUCCAAUUUAAAUACUGUACAUACUUACAUGCUUACAUAUAUACAUGUAUACAAUCAUACAUGAAUGUGUGCAUACAUACAUACAUACAUACAUACAU